CAGCAUCGUAAUUCAGUUCCUGCGGUUAAUUAGUAACAGGAAGGCCCUGUAGUCUGUUCCCAGCCAGCAGGGCUGGGAGGUUGAACUUCAGCUGGCUUGGGAGGCUGAGCGAGUGGGUGACAGGUCGCUCCUGACUGGGAAGGUUGUUUGCAAGUCAGGAUUGGGUUGCAGGUCAGAGGGACUCAUGCGGAGAAUCAGGAAGGCAGAGCUGUGCACAGGGCUGCUCCCUAGGACCUGAGCUGGAACCAGAGCUUUCAGUGCGGCUACACGAAGGCCACAUUAGGGUCUUAUUAUUGACAAGAAAUGUCCUUGUCCUGGGCACUUAUUUUGUCAGCAUGCUGUCCUGCUCAUCUGUGUGUUGGUUCAACGUUUCUGUUUCCUUGGAAGAUGGAAGGCUCUGAUACUGGUACUUGGAUUUUCUUUGUAUGACAUGCCCACUUCGGGGCCCGCAGAGAUCACCCGAGGCCCCUGGGCUCAGACCCCUCCCUGACCAACUCCCUCAGCCCCGGCCCCUCAGAUUCCCCCCACUGUGGGGAAUUAUAGAGGUCUGGGUGUGACAUGUGGUAGCCACACAGAAAGUUCCAGAAGGGCACUGUGUCAGGCCUGCCAACUCCUUCAUUCCUCUGAACACCCCACAUAACCCCUGGGAGAGUGGAAGGUACCCUGCGAAGACCUAAUUAUUGCACCAGGCAGCAAGGCCAUCUUGCCCAGGGUACAGUCAGGACCCUGCUUCCUGGGUCUUGCAAAGCCAAGCCCACCCCCACCCCCCACCCUGGAGACGGAGGCCAGCAGGGAAAGGCCCAAGGGGCCCAGUGUUCAGCAAAGACCAAGGCCAGACAGAGCGAUCCAGACCCCCAGGCUCUGAAUCACCUGCAGGUUCUGGGGAAGCAAAAUGCCCUUCAGCCCCAAAUGGUCUACACCAGGCCUGGUAGGCCCGGGGACAUGUCUUCUCACAGACGGGCUUCCUACACAUGCGCGCGCACACAAACACACACACACACUCACAUACACACACACUCCUGAUCUACACCAACAUGAACACAGACCCACAACGACCACUGUCCCACACUCACAUAUUCAUGACACUUACAUGCAGACUCACACUCAUAGACAUACACACAUGUUAACACGUAUAGAGAUACACACUGACGUGUCCACACACUACAUACACUGAAGCACGUACACACAUACACACCUGCAGUGAGAAUACACAUAGAUGCCCAGACACACCAACAAAAUUAUACAAACGUGGUCACACUGAUGCACAAAUACCUUGAUUACAGGGACACACAUACACCAGACAGACAGACAUGGACACACAUCUUUGCACAAGACACCUGCACACACACACCCCAGCCCCACACACUCUCGCCCGCCUUCUAACAAGCCCCAGCGUCUCCAGGGCUCUCCUGCAGCUGUCACUCACCCCCUGCCAUCCACACCCCUCCCUGGGGGAGGCGAUGUCCCCGAGGGAACAGAGGUCUUCGGUCCCAUCUUAAGCCCUGCUGGCUCCCGCGUGACAUCAGCAGCCCCCUCGCUGCCACCCUCCUGCCGGGAGUUCCGAGCUGGGUGCUGGGCCCGGGCUGGCGCCAGGCACAGACACUUCGGCCCUUGUUGGGAGAACAGAGAGGCUCUCUUGUCCACUGCCCAUCCUCCGGCUCCAACUGCUCGUUCUCCCAGCGGCGUUCUCCCAGGCUGUGCAGCCCACCUGAUCACUGUUACAAGAUGGACUCCAGCCCAGCUGGAACCCCAAGUCCACAGCCCCCGAGGGCCAACAGGAAUAUCAACCUCGGGCCUUCUGCCAACCCAAAUGCCCGGCCCACCGACUUCGACUUCCUCAAAGUCAUUGGCAAAGGAAACUAUGGAAAGGUCCUACUGGCCAAGCACAAGUCAGACGGGAUGUUCUACGCGGUGAAGGUGCUGCAGAAAAAGUCCAUCCUAAAGAAGAAAGAGCAGGGCCACAUCAUGGCCGAGCGCAGCGUGCUGCUGAAGAACGUGCGGCACCCCUUCCUCGUGGGCCUGCGCUACUCCUUCCAGACGCCUGAGAAGCUCUACUUCGUGCUCGACUAUGUCAACGGGGGAGAGCUCUUCUUCCACCUGCAGCGGGAGCGCCGGUUCCUGGAGCCCCGGGCCCGGUUUUACGCUGCCGAGGUGGCCAGUGCCAUUGGCUACCUGCACUCCCUCCACAUCAUUUACAGGGACCUGAAGCCAGAGAACAUUCUCUUGGACUGCCAGGGACACGUGGUGCUGACAGAUUUUGGCCUCUGCAAGGAAGGUGUGGAGCCGGAGGAGACUACAUCCACGUUUUGUGGCACCCCCGAGUACUUGGCUCCAGAAGUACUUCGGAAAGAGCCUUAUGAUCGGGCAGUGGAUUGGUGGUGCUUGGGGGCGGUUCUCUACGAGAUGCUGCACGGCCUGCCACCCUUCUACAACCAAGAUGUGUCGCAGAUGUAUGAGAACAUCCUGCAUCAGCCACUACGGAUCCCCGGGGGCCGGACCGUGGCCGCCUGUGACCUCCUGCAAGCUCUUCUCCACAAGGACCAGAGGCAGCGGCUGGGCUCCAAAACAGACUUUCUUGAGAUAAAGAACCAUGUAUUCUUCAGCCCCAUAAACUGGGAUGACUUAUACCACAAGAGGCUGACUCCACCCUUCAACCCAAAUGUGGCAGGCCCUGCUGACCUGAAACACUUUGACCCAGAGUUCACCCAAGAAGCCGUGUCAAAGUCCAUUGGCUGCACUCCCGACACGAUGGCCAGCAGCUCUGGGGCCUCAAGUGCCUUCCUGGGAUUUUCCUACGCGCCGGAGGACGAGGCCAUCUUGGAUUGUUAGACGAGAAGCACCUGAGAAACCACGGAGCCAGCUGGUAUCUCCCACUGCCCCAGGAAUUAUGGAAGAUGAAGUUAGAAGCCCAUGGAAAACACACCAAUGACAGUGACAUUGACCUACUGGGAAUCAAAAACCAGGUCACGAAGAGCUACUGUUACGUUGACCUGUAAUUCUGAAACACUCUGAUUUGAUUUCCACCUUCAUAGCGUCUGCCAAUAGACAAAUGUGGAACGUGGUGAGGGAGAAGCCAAAAUUCACCCAACUUUCCAAAGCCAAAAGCAAGAGCGUGUAAUUGUCAGAAAUGUGAUAGUACUGUCAAAAGUAUACAACCCACUAUGGGCUGUGAAACACAUAAUUGCUCUAUCUGUUCUAGGACUGUAAAAUCACAAAAUUUUCACCAGGAUAGAAAAUAAAAAUGAAAAAUGACGGUA